AUGGAAGAGGAGAUUAAUAAAUUUAAAGAUAUAGACAUAGUAGAUUAUUUAAAUAAAACACAUAAGACAAGUGAUAAAUUCCUAGUAGAAACACAAAUACAUAACUUAAAGAAGUAUCAAAAGAAAUUAAAUGAAGAUUUGUAUAGUGCGUUUAUUACAAACAGUGAUGCUUUAAUUAAUAUUUUAGACACUUAUCAAUACUCAUAUAACAUUUUAUUAGGAUUGAAUGCAUCAAAGAAUAUUAAUCAUGAAGAUAAUGAAGUAAAUAUUCAUAUUGAUAAGUGUAAAGAAUUAUCUAGAAAGUUUAGAUAUUUUAAUAAUGACAUGGAUCCUUUUGUAACUGAUGAGAGGUAUUUAGUAAUGGCUGGAUUUUAUAAUGAAGAUAAAAUAUACUUGGUUAUUAGUAAUGAUUUAACCUUUAUAGGAAUUAAAACUGAAAAGAAAUAUGAAUUAAAGAACUCUUUCAGUAAUAAACUAGUUAGUGUAACAAUGAAAGGUAAAGAUUUACAAUUAAAAAUACAAAAAAUUGAAUAUUUGAUAAAAGGUUCUAAGGAAUCAUUACAAGAUAUAAUAGAUAUUUAUGAUGAAGUUAAUUAUGCUUAUCAUAAUGAAGAAAACAGACAGAAGAGUGCUAUCGAUAAGGAUUUAGUUAAGUUUUACAUAAUUAGUGAGCAAUUUAAUUUACUUAAAGAUUAUUUAAAAGAUUUUAAUAAGAUUGAAUUAAAUCUAACUAACAUUCCUGUUUAUUCAUUUAGUCAAUUGAAGACUUUAAUGAAAAUAUCAAAAAAUGAUAAAAGUAUAUUUAGGAAAUUUAUUAUUUAUAAGUUUAAUAAGGGAUUAAGUAAAAUUGAUAAAGUACAGGAAGUUAAGUCUUUGAUUGAUGAGAUGUUUGAGUAUUUGUUUUUGUAUGUUGACUCACUAGAAAAGUUAUACAAUAAGUUGUGUUUAUCACUUGAAACACUGCCACUUGAUAUUGAAUUACUUAUUAAAGAAGUGUUAAACUCAUUAAGUAAAAGAAUUUAUAAUAAAUCUUUUCAAAUUGACAAUACUAAUGAAUAUUUGGAUUUAGUUGAGUCUAAAUUAGUUUUUAAUGGAUAUAAUUAUAAAUAUCUAUUUAAGGAAUUUACAGAUCAAAAUAAAAAUUUUAAUGAAAAAUGUAUAAAAGAAGCUGAAGAUCAGAUGAAUGAGAUUCUUAAGAAGUAUUUUUGUUAA